AUGAGCCCAAACUCGACAAGUGUCGACAAUGUAUUGAGAAUUGGAAUACGUAAGCAACAAUGUGCUCUCGUCGUUGAAUAUACAAAGAUCAAUAGUAAGGGAAAGAGGGAAUUGAGGCAUCGGAGAGUGUAUUUGGAAGAUUAUAUUGUAAAGAAUUAUCCAGAACUGGACGAAGAGGAAAUUGUGAAAAAUAUAAAACAACAUGUAUUAUUUAAACAUCAUCAUGAGCUGUUUGAGCCUAUUCCCAAUCAUCAAAUAGAUAAAAUGGUCCGACAAUUAGUAGACCACACCACAAAAUCAUUCUUACCUCCGGAACCACAAUCAAAGUCUCAGCCUCAAAAAACAAACAAUAUCAUCAACAAUCAACCAAAACAAAAACCAACAGAAGUUAUAGAAGAGGAAGACAUUGAAGAGGAAGAUUUUGAUCAGUUUGACGAAGAUGAAGACGACUUUAAAAGCCAGGACCUUAACAAACUGGACGAUCAAUCUCUCAGGAAGGUCAAAGCAAAAAUGGAUGAAAAUUUCAAACAGCUAAAACCAGGCGAUAAAGGUUAUGUUUAUGAUAAGCAAGUAGACUUUGACUCUGUCCCAAAGACAUUUCCAAAAUUUACAAAAAUGCAGAAUCAACAUCUUCGCCAACAAGCCCUCAACCUAUACAAACGAUUUCUUGCCAUGAUUCCUCACUACCCAGGAGAAGAAAGCCCACAAGUAUUGAAAGCUCGUUUGAAGAAAGCCUUUCUUGCAAAUAAAUCCGAUAUGAGCGAAGAAGAUUUAAGAAAUCAACUUGCGAGAGGAGAGUAUAUUUUGAAAGAAGUGGAGGCACUGAUUCGGUUGAAAAAGUAUCGAACACUGGAUAAGAGAUAUUCUGCCCAUCGUCAAGAGCAUGAUGACGAGCGAAUUGAUAUCUUUUUCUUAACACAAAUGAAGAUCGGAAAUAAUUUGAUAAAAAAGGAAUUUGUGUUCUUCGAAUAA